GUCUCUCUCAUCUUUCCGCUUGUUGCUUUACUACAAAAGAUAUCUCUUUUUUUUUCCUAUUUUACUCGUUCUUUUCGCUUGUUUCCUUUUUCUUCACUUCUUUCCCUUUUAUUCUUUAAUUUUCAUCUUUCUGCAAAAGACUUCCCUUUCUCCCCUUACUCGUCAUUAAAGAUGCAACGAGGAAAGAAUAAAGCUACAUGGGGUCUUGAUGCCCUUAUGGAUAACUUGCUAGUCACUGAAAAGCAGCAGCAGCAGCAGCAGCCACAACGCCCACAGCGACAAAGUCUUCGUAGCCACUCUGCUGCACCACGUCCUUCCUCAACCUCUACUGCUACUACUACCACCUCUUCUUCAAGCAUACACCGCAUUGCGGCCACACCACUCUCGCAUCACAGCUCUAUAGCAUCUUCAGCAUCAACCCGUUCAACACAGUCACGGGAUUCUGCAUUUUCAAAUACAAGCAACACCACAGAGGCCACGUUACCCGUCACCGUAUACGAGGUCCCCCACUCUUAUGAUGACGACGACGUACUACGACCAAACUCGACGGCGUCUCCAUCAACAGCGUCGUCACCGAUAACAUCGACAUCCCCUAGCAAUAGCAGUAAGCAGCGUAUCAUUACAUUAUCGCCAAAGAUAUAUGUAAAUCAGCCGCACUUUGUGGUGGCUGCAUUCGGCAUGGUAUAAAAUAUCUUUGUGGAGAUUUAAAACCAUUAUGGAAAGGGAGAAAAAAACAGCUAAUAUUAUAUAAAGACGGAUAUAGCACGGUGGUUAUUUGAUAACAUACCAGCUGAACGCGAAUCGUCAUGGCAGGUUGAUUCAGCUGC